AUGGUCAACAAGUCACGGCCAAAGAAAAUUAAGGCACCCUACAGGAAGUAUGUGGCGGGCGAGGGCUUCUCCUCUACAAGAAAUGAUAAUAAAGAGAAAGAGGCUACUGCCACUGUACCACCCGAUGCAGAGCUAAUUGAGACACCACAGGGGUCUUACUACUACGAUGAGGCUAAUGACACUAUAGUGAAGUUGACGCGACUGAGCAAUAGUAAAAAAGACAGGAAAGGACGUAGGCGAUCGUCAUCGUCAUCGUCAUCAUCGCAUGCCAAGGAAGAUAAAGAUGGGCAAAUGAUAGAAAGUGAAAAAAGCACUCAUUUGUUGUACCUAAGAAUGGUUUUGCCCUGGGAAGUACAGCAUAGAAUAACGCACUAUCUUGAUAUUCCUGAAGAAGAAGAAGUUAGUAAUAAGGAUACUACUGGGAAAAUAAUCACUACUGGUAUAACCAUGAACUAUCUGCUAGUUUGUAGAAACUGGUAUGACAUGUGCUUACCAAAGCUUUAUUUUUCACCAGUAUUAACAAGCAAAAACUUCAAUUCAUUUGUCGAUACAAUCAUUCUAAACAAGAAGAAACAACUGGGGCAUUAUGUCUUUGAGUUGAAUUUGUCUACGAUUUUACAAAGUGGAAGGAACUCAUUUGUUUCUAAGCUGUUACGACGAUGCUGCUCUAACCUAACCAAAUUUAUUGCCCCGCAGACAAGUUUUGGUUACGCGCCCUUGAUUUCCUUGAAAUCGUGUCAUGAUUUAAAGUUUCUAGACUUAGGUCUAGUAUCAGAGACAGUUAAGCUAAAGGAGCUAUUUUCCGCCAUCAAAAACUUUACGAAAUUGACGCACUUGUCCUUUCCCAGAUCGUCGAUUGACUGCCAGGGCUUCCAAGAUAUUGAAUGGCCCCAGAAUUUGAGAUAUUUGAAAUUAAGUGGGGGCAUAACGAAUGAAUUUGUCAUUGACACUAAAUGGCCAAAAACCAUUACCACUUUAGAAUUCUCUUACUGUCCUCAAAUCACAGAGCUGUCUAUUUUCUCGUUGUUAUCACAGAUUGGUGACAAUCUAAAGCAUUUAUUUUUCUAUUAUCCGAUGCCAUCUUUAACGGAAAAUUCCUUGGAUCACGUUUUCACAUAUUGUGCUAAUUUAAUCUCCCUACAAAUCAUGGUUGACUAUUGCUCCAAGUGGUGUUUUUCUGAAUUCAUGCUGAGUAAGUUGAUGGAAUACGAUAGGCCUUUGAAAACAUUAUACCUGGAAUGCAGUGGGUCCUUGGGUUUGGCUUCUAAGAUUCAUCCCGAUGACCUGACCAUAGCCAUAUUAGAAUCAAGGCUACCCUGCUUAAAGACCAUUUGUGUUUCUCCUAAGUUAGGUUGGGACAUGAAAAGUGACGAGGUUGCCGAUUUAGUAGUUUCUUUGGAGGAUCAAGAUGGUAGUUUGUACCUAAACUAUUAG